CAUUGAUAUCCUACAAAGUGUUGCGGUACCAAAAACUAAUGCGUUACUUCAAGGAUGUCUAUUGAAGAUCACGAAGUAGACUUGUUAGACUUAUCAAGUCCUGACGUUAAACCGUCGAAUUCGUCAAAUAAUUUGGUCCAAAAGCCUUCCAACGUUGUUGAAAAUGGCUGUAAAUCAAAACAUGAAAGCGACCCUAUUAUUUCAGUGCCCCCUGUCAAAGAACAGUUAUUAUUACAUUUGGAUGUCUCUCAGGCUCGUCUUGUUAAAAAUUAUGGUUUAUUUCCUAUGAACCUUUACUGUCGAAUUCGCAUUGGGGAUGCCAUCUUCGAAACUCAGACUGCACUUUCAGCUGGCAAACGUCCUUUUUGGAAUGAAACAUUCCAAUGUUGGUUACAUGGUGAUGUUGACAGAUUAACAGUAGAAAUAUUUUCAGAAAAUGUCUUAUUUUCCGAUUCACAAGUAGCUAAUGCUGUGAUAAUUUUUCCUCCAUCUUUAUUUGAUGGUGUUGCUUUAAAUCAAUGGUUUUCGCUCAGUGGAAAGCAAGGAAAAGAUUUAGAAGGUUCAAUUAAUCUGAUUUUCCGAUGUCGAGUAAGCGAAACAAACUUAUUAUUAACUUGAAUUUUCAUUUACACUAAUCAACAUGAUUGUUAUUUAUUUAGUCGUCAAAAUUAGGAAACCGUAUUAUAACACAUAAUUAGCAAAAAACUAAGUGGUUUCUUAGUGAGAAUCUAUUCAACUACCAAUUUCGCCCUUCUUUUUUAUCAACCAUACACUGACAUAUAUCUGUCUUUUGUUACAAGUUCAUAUGUACUUGCAAAACAAGCAUAUGAAAAUAUAAGGUGUGUGCAUGCACUCAGUUCAAUAUGCAUAUCACAAAAAAAUUUUGAACUAUGAGUCAUUCAUUUCCCUACCAAUGCAACUGCUUUCAAAAUCAUCGAUAAGCAAAAACUUAUGUCUCUUCGUUUCACUAAUUAGCAAGAAACUUCAGCUUGGCUUACUUAUCCAAAAAUAAUUCAUUAUCAGCUUGAUACGAACAUGGUAAUUUUUCUUCUGGUUCACUCCUCAUAUUCAGUCAAUCAACCUCCACUCUUUCCCUUUCAAUUCUGAAUGUGGUUUUAUACUUCAUUCAUAUACAUUCAUUCAUUUAAUUUACCUAAUGAUUAGAACUGAUGUACAUAAUAUAGGAUCUGGUCCAAUCAUUUAUCCACUCAAGUUGCCACAAUUCACAUAACAAUUGAAAAUCGACAAAAAUGAUUUAUGCUUUACGGACAAAAGACUGGAAGCCUAUGUUGGUCCUCAGUUCGUUCACCUUUCUAGAAGUGUCUCAAGAUUCUUACAUUGCAUUCUUAAUAUUACCCGUAUUAUUAAUAAUAUUAUCAUGUUUCACAUACUAGAAUUUCUAGAGCUCUCUAUUCAUCUGCUUAUAAACUGACAGCUUUUUGGCGAGUAUCAACAGUAAUUCUGACAUCUUUUUAUUCAUCUCUGUUUAUCAAACCUCACAAAGUACCAGUAAACUUACCAGUUCUACAGUCCAGUCCAUUAUAUUGUCAACCGCGACUAGGUGAAAUCGCUGGUAUGAGUGUAUUACCUAAACCAAUAUCUACUGAAGAUGUUCAAUCAAUACAUGAAAUUUUCCCAUCUGUUGAAGAUGAUACAAUUCACUCACUUCUAACAACACAUCAUGGAAAUCGAGAAGUUGUUAUCAAUGAACUACUUCGUAUGACAUCAGAAACUUAAAUCUGUCAAAUGUGAUGAUCAUCAUUGUAUUAUCAUUUUCCGUUCUUUUUGUUGCUGUUUUUAUUUGAACAAAUUUUGUUGCUCCUAAAUCAUCUCGCCCCCUAAAAAUUUGUCCACGUUUUAUUUUAUUUACUUGUCCGUCGAUUGUUGCUUGUUUUCUCCAUAGAGUUACAUUAUGUAUCUUCAAAUUGUUAUAGCCUAUUGUCUUCUGUAAGAUAUAGUUAUCAAUAUUAUCUCGAUAAAACAAUGCUAUAAUUGUGAUGUUUGCUAAGUGUACUUGUAUUUUUGUGUCUUUUUUCACUGAUUUUCACCUUUUCUACUAUUUUGUUUUCAUUUUCAAACAUAUCCUAUUUUUGUGUUUCAUUACAUUUGUUCUCUAGCUAAAAUACUUUACUGAUUGUGGUUAUAUAUGUGUUCCUGUUUCUGUCGUUGUUAUUCCUAGGUGUUUGUCGUCUUAAAAUGAUGAUCACAUAAUUUAUAUAUAUAUAUAUAUAUAUAUACUCUUGUUUUCAGGAUUUUAUCUGAACAGUUUCAGUACUUCGUUGUUAUACGACUACCGAGCAUUGUUUUGUUUGUUUGAACUAAAAAGUUGUUGGAUUUUCUGUAGUAAUAAUGUGACUGUCAAAUAUGCUUUUUUUGUUUCUGUGCAGAUAUACAUAUAUUUAUCAUCAUUAUGAGCUGUUAUGGUUGGUCAUUCAAUAAUUGAUUCUGCCUGUACCAUUUGUUAAUUUUUACAUUGUUUUUUGAGCUGAAAAUCGAUUAAUAAUAGCCCACUUUACUAGUAAUAGUCAUCAUACUUUGUUUAGCAUAUAAGUCGCUUUCUUUUUUGAUUCUUUGAAGAAGCGACUCAAACAAAGUAGCGAAACCUCACCAAUGUAUUUCUCUACUUACUGGAAUAUUUUACAGAUCAC